CCUCUGCUCAAGUAUGUUUGCAUGGAGUUUGUAUUGUUGAUUUCAUGUACAGAAAACACUUAUAACUUUGCUAUUCACAGACAAUCGCGAUAAUCAAUCAUGGGGAGUGCACUGUCGAAAUGUGUCGCUGUUGAUUUGUGCGUUCAGUGGGUCGGGUGGAUGUUCGCGUCUGCUCUGAAAACGGAAAAGUUUUAUGAUAUAGCAGGGUCUGGUACCUUCAUAUUACUUGCCCACCUGAGCCGGAGAUGGGGUGGCACAAGUUAUCUGAGGCAGAAUGUUCAGACUGGCCUUGUCACUGCAUGGGGACUCAGACUCGGAAUGUUCCUCUUCCGGCGGAUACUGAAGGACGGACAGGACAGCAGGUUCAGCAAUGUCAGAGAUAGCCCAGGGACGUUCUUUGUGUUCUGGACCCUGCAAGCUGUGUGGGUGUUUAUCACCCUCCUACCCACCAUAAUUGUGAACACGCAGUGCAGAGAUGAGCCCUUGUGUCUCCGGGACUAUACUGGCUGGGGAAUGUGGGCUCUGGGCUUUGCCAUAGAGGCCAUCGCUGACCAGCAGAAAUGGAAUUUUAAGAAGGACCCUGAUAAUGUUGGUAGGUUUAUCCGGCACGGGCUGUGGGCAUACAGCAGACACCCAAACUACCUGGGGGAGAUCCUGCAGUGGUCGGGUCUGUUCCUGUCUGCGUCCACGGUCAUGCAGGGCCCUCAGUACCUGAGCAUAGUUUCACCUCUCUUUGUGUGGUUCCUGCUCAGGCACAUCUCUGGGAUUCCCAUCCUGGAGAAACAGGCCAUGGCGAGGUGGGGAGCAGAGGUUGAGUUCCAGAGCUACGUCAGGAACACGCCACUCCUCUGGCCUUUCCCUGGCUUCUGAAGCCUCCUCUUGAGGCUAAUGUGUUUCAGACACUGCAUUUAAUUAUAACUUCUAUAGACUUUUGGGGGAGGGGGUAUAUAAUUCAAUAAAUGAUCAGGUAAAUUAAUAACCAAGAUGCUGAACAUCAUAAUCCAAAUUACGUUGUAGUGUAUCAAUAUGCACUGGUGAAUAUUAACCACAGCAGACACUGGUCUGCAGGUUUAUGGCCCGGGCCGUCACAAGAGGUGUCUGCAGGAUUUCGUUCCAUCCCAGCUUUAGUCAGUACACUUAUAACUCAUUUCUUUAAAUUCAGAGACCAGCUCAUUCAACACAUGGAAUAAGGUGUGAUGCUGCUCGACUGAAAUGAAAGCCUGCCACAUCAGCCCAUUAAAGAGAAGACGAAACACCCUUUUUUGGUGACCAGCUCUGAAUUCCCAGUGUUGUCAUUUCUAUAAAUGCUUUAUCAUCAGUUUGAUUCUUUUGACUAGCCUUUUUAAAAUCUGAGCCAUGACCCAAUAAAAUCUUUAAAAGUGUGGUAUUCUGGUUUUUAAGUGUAGAUAAAAAAAAUAAAUAAAAAAUUGUUGGGCUUUGGUGAAGUUCCUUUUCCUACAAUAAAGCAGCAAUGAGACAGUAACUUCAAUACAGGGUAGUUUGCUGUUUACCAGAGAAAAUCACAAGGUACACCUGUUCUCACCAAUUUUACUGAAAAUAAAAGUGAGCUCUCAUUAUACAUGUAUCGUUUUCUCACAUGCAACCGUAAAUAUUCCUGCACUCACAUCAAAGUACAAAACAGACAUACUAGAGCUGAAUAUUUUACAAAAAUCAGAGUAGAUAUUGCAACAUAAUGUCCUCAAUGUUGAACUUAAAGGAUCAAAGGCUUUACAGCUGUGAUGAGCUUUAGUGUAUGGAGCCACUGCUGGCUGAUCCUGCCCAGAGUGAUCCAACCAGGCAAUACUGGAGACUCACUGAUCUGAGAUCAGAGUGCAUUUGGCAGUCUGCAUGAAAAAUAGUCCACUGUGUUCAGGAUGUAAUGUAAUAUCUAUACUUACAGAGUAGGCAGCGCCAAGAAAGGAGCUACACACAGCGCAUGUACGAAUAAAUAAAUCAACAUCAAGGAGAAAAAGCUAGAUCACACUGUUUUGAUAGUUUGACUAAUCUAAGAGUACUGUAUGUAAAAUCAUGUAUACCAUUUGAUUAAAAACAAAUAAAUGAAAUACAUACAUCUAUGGAAUACAGACAUUUGCAAGAUCUGAAUAUCUACUGUUAAACCUAAGAAAAUUGAAAGUCUUUGCACACAAAUACUGUGUUUCAGCUGUGUUAACAGGUCAGAUCCAUAAUAAUGGAGCCUCUUUCAGGGUUCCCUCCCCCGCAUCAAAACCAUUACAAAACCACGUCUCUUAAUUGCACCUUAAGGGAAUAGUAUGGGACCUCAUCUAGCUCAUUAAGAAGUUCCACUGUGCUCCUUCACAUGUACUCUGCUCAUACCUGAAAAUCCAAACAAUGCAAAGGGUGCAGACUGUGGCGAGCUGCCACAGGCAUGGUGACAUGCUUGAGAAAUGUUCAAACAUUUAUUUGAACAAAAUCACCCAAAUUUGAACAAAAUAACCCUGUUGCUUCUGUUAAACAAAAAAAAAAAAAA